UCAGAUAAGAAUUGAUCGCUGUCGUGAUCGGUUGACGGUUAUUUUGCAUCGAUUCUGUCACCAUUUUUAGUUGCAUUCUGAAAGUUGAAACGAAAAGAAAUAAAAACAUAAUAAUCACGUAGUAUUGUAGUUUGUUUUCCCAGUCAAACAUGAAAUACAUAAAGUUCUUAUUAAUAUUACUGUUUGCGGUGUGCAUACAAAAUAGUUUUUCGUCAAAGUUAGAAGAAAAAUUUCGCUGGAAAGAAGUGUCGUAUGCAUGGCCCUCCGAUUCAGCGAUGGACGAAGCGAUAAAAAGUGGACGAUAUCAACCUGAAAACAAUUUACCAUUGGGGCUCGAAGUUUGGAAAGACAAGCUGUUUAUCACAGUACCCAGAUGGAAGUCGGGCGUUGCGUCAUCAUUGAAUUAUAUUAACAUUGACAGUAAAGACUCGAGUCCGUUGUUAAUACCAUAUCCAUCGUGGACAGCAAAUUCAUUGGAAUCUGAUGGUUUUACCACCGAAACGACAGGCGGUCGAAUGAGUGCACCAAAGCCAACAAUUCUCGAUGGCCAAUUAACAGAUAAUUCAUCUAUUAUUUCAACAUUUCGUAUUCGCGUCGAUGAAUGUGAUCGAUUGUGGGUUAUGGAUACUGGAUUGGCUGAUAUUCUUGGCAGCAACCCAAAACAAAUUGCUCAACCAGCUUUGGUCAUUUUUGAUUUAAAUACGAAUAAACUAAUCAAACGAUACACAAUUCCACCAGAACAUAUCAAAGAUGAUACAUUCUUUGCGAACGUGAUUGUUGAUGUGCCAAAGAAUGGAUGCGAUAAUGCCUAUGCUUACAUCCCAGACCUCGGUGCUUAUGCAACUGUUGUCUACUCAUUCAAAUCAGAUAGAUCAUGGCGUGUUCGACAUAAUUUCUUCUAUUUCGAUCCCAUCAAUGGUGACUAUAAUGUUGGCGGCGUUAAUUUCCAAUGGAAAGACGGCAUUUUUGCAUUGGCCCUUGGCGAACAAACAGAUCAAGGAACUCGAACCGUUUAUUUCCAUGCAUUGUCAAGUACAAAGGAAUUUUCCGUUCCAAAUUACAUUUUACAAAAUGAAACUCGCGCUUUAAGUGCCGAAUCAUACUUUGAUUAUAGUUUGGUUGGCGAUCGUGGUUUAAAUGGACAAUCAACAUCCGAAUUUUUCGACGAAAAAACAAAAGUUUUGGUUUACACACAGGUUAACAAAGACGGCAUUGGAUGUUGGAACUCACAAAAACCAUAUACUCCAGACAAUCAAGGAAUUCUCGACAGUGAUUCGGAUGCGCUAGUUUUUCCAAAUGACUUGAAAAUCGAUCGUAAUGGAAAUGUAUGGGUUUUAUCGGAUCGUUUGCCGAUUUUCAUUUAUAAAAAAUUGAAUCCAAACGAAUACAACUAUCGCAUUUUAACCGGAAAAGUCGGAAAUUUGAUUUUAGGCACACCCUGUGAAUAAUACAACAAUACUCAAAAAGCUUUUAAUUUUGAAUGCAUCAAAUAUGCACAUUCUUUCUUUUGGCAUUUUGUCUUCCUAUUUCAUUC